AGCGGGCCUUGGCUCAAAGACCAUCUGGUAUCGAAACAUGUCGCCCUAGCGUGCGCGCGCCACCGCGCAGCCUGGGCCCACGCCGACGCCCGGGACACCCAGCUGGGCGAGCGUGGCACGAGAGGACAUCGAUGAAGUCGAAGGAGACCUUCUCUCCCAAGGAGCCGGACGAGCACAAGCCCGAGCUCCAGGAUGUCAUCGAGAGCAUCGGCAUGGGCCCGGCGCAGAUUUUCUGGGCGCUGCUGGGCGGGGGCAUUUGGCUGGCCGACGGCGCUGAGCUUCUGCUGGUGAGCUCUGUGACGAGGUCCUUGCAGAAGGAAUGGCAGCUGUCAUCGUUUAUGAAGGGCGCCAUUGUCUCUGCAGUAUAUGUCGGCAUCUUCCUGGGGAAUGCAUCCAGCGGAGGGUGCAGUCAGCGAUUUGGACGCCGAGAGAUGAUCGUGCUUUCGUACUCCGGGAUCUUUCUAUGCGGAGUCCUGAGCUCCGCCAGCAAAGCUGCCGUGGCACUCAUGGGGAUCCGCUUCUUCGGUGGCUUCUUUAUCGGCAUCGGCCAGCCCGCCUGGCUGUCCAUCAGCGCGGAGAUCACCCCCGCCUACUGGCGCAUCGCCAUGGCGGCGGCCUCCCAGAGUUUGUUCGUCGUGGGGGAAAUGUACAUAUCCUUUCUCCUCAUGAUGGACGAUCUUAACAUGCAGGCUCGGGGCAGUGGUCGCUUUCUCGGCAUGGACGUGGCCUGUCGCCAGUCUUUGCACUGGCGGCUCCUCUUGCGAGUUGGAGCGCUUCCGUCUCUGGUAAUGGCCAUGCUAAGUAUGGCCUACUUGAACGAGUCGCCGGUGUUCCUCGCCCUCAAAGGGCGGACCAGGGAAGCCUGCCGCGUGGUGGAAAGCAUGGGAAGGCAAAACCAGUCCACUCCCUUGUCAUUGGACUUCAAGAAGCCGGUCUCCCACCGAACCGACGGCUCAUUGCUGCAGCAAAUGAGCCGACAAAUGGCCGUGGUCUUCAGCCCCCGCUUCUUGGCCCUGCGCCCAGCUUCUGGCUUUUGGCGAGUCAGUGGUUUAGCUGGCAAUGGGACGGAGAGUUGGUCUCAGGGGGUCUCGCUGGUGAUUAUGUCCGUGUGCUUCACGCUCAACAUGGUCUACUUUGGGUGUUUGUUCGCAUUCCCGCAGGUGCUGCCGACGCUGAUGCACGGGCAGGCGGCCUCGGAGCUGCUGGUGGGCGCGUUGUGGGAGCUGCCGGGCUUGGCCAUGGGUCUGCUGUUGGGCAUCUCUGCGACCAGGCGCACGGCCUUGAAGUUCUACUUGACCGGUCUCACCUGCGCCAUCCUCUGCUUUGUCGUGGGAGCCCAUGGCCACCCCGAGCAUGAGAGAUUGAUGAAGGCCCUGCUGUUCAUCGGCUACUAUGGAAUCAAAUGUCUCCCGAACAUUGGCUUCAUCGUCGCCUACCAGAUGUCGGCCGAGAUAUACCCAACAGAGGCACGAAGUAUGGGUGCUGGCCUGGCUUUGGCAUGUGGGCGGCUGGCGGCCAUGUCCUCCCCUUUGAUCUUCGAGUGCUGCCUCGAGCUCACCGGCACCUACUUGGCCUUCUUUCUCAUGAUGGCAGCGCUGUGCGUCAGCAACCUCUACAUGAUCGACUUCUUGCCGGAGCCAACACGUCUUGAGCAUGACGAUGUGCAGGACUUGCAGGAUGCUCCCUUGAAGUCUUCUGACAGGGUUCAGGUGGUUUGAAUUCGGGCUCCUGGAAAACCAGGGGCCAAGAUGGACCGAGUCCAGAACGGGACGAAGUCCCAUCCAUUUGAAGCUUAGCUUGUGCCACGCGCUGAGAAGGUCCCGGAGCUUCACCGGCUAGGCACGGACGGCUUUUCGCGUAGCGCGGAGGCGGC